GAAAUUUACGACACCGAGGCAAUUGGCACCUUACAUAAAAUAUGAAUGGAACAAAACAACAAAAAUUGCAUGUGUGAUUUAUCCUGUUUUAGUCUUAGAUCAGUGAAUAAAUAAAGAUGAGUAAUGCUAAUGCCCCUGCACAGCAACCCAUGAACAAUUUACCACCUGGAGUUAAUCCAGACAACAAUUUACUUCCUGGUGGUCCAGUAUUAAAUCCCAGAAUAAAUGUAAACCGUAAUAGGAAUAAUAAUCCAAAUCCACUAUUCAAUGUGCGUGAGAGGCUAUUCCAUGCUCUAUUUUUCAAAUUUGCUGUGGCAUAUGCACGGACGUUUCCAAGACCAAUUCGGAGAUUCUUUGAAUUCCUUGUGCUAUUAAAGGCAUUGAUUGCUUUCUUUGUCCUUGCAUACAUUCAUAUAGCAUUCUCAAGAACACCGACAACAUGUUUGAAUCAUGUGAAAGACUCUUGGCCGAGAGAUGGUAUUUUAAGAGUUGAGAUUCUGACAAAUCCAUCAGCUGACUAUACAAUAGAGCAAAGUUAUGCUAAAGAAAGGAAAUUGAAAAAGGAUAAGGAUGAAUUGAAUUCUAUGAUUAGUAUAUUGGCUACAGAAGGGUUCAUAAACAUAGAAUCUUCAACAAAUGAGGACAUGGAGGAGGACGAAUACCUCCGCGACGGUACAGACUACGGCAACAUCACCCGCGUCCACGAUGACUUUGAAUCGUCUGACAAAUUAAUGGAGACUGCUUAUAAGAAAUCGCUACUACAAAACGAAGAUGAUAUGAAUGUGACUAUUGUCUCUGAAAACGACGUAGAAGUAACAACGUCCCUUUGGGAAGGGAUUAUGGGACUGGUCGAAGACAUUGAUCGUGAUUCAAAACUAGUUGAUGAAUCAAUGGACGAGUCGGCUACCAAUGAUUCUUCAAAAGACGACGACUACAUUCUAGAAUACUCUCUGGAGUAUGGAUUUCUUCGUCUCUCGCCAAGCGCAAGACUGCGUCUGAAAAUACCAGUCAAGAUAGUGACUCUCGACCCUCAAAAGGACGAAUGCUUCGGAGACUCUUUCUCAAGAUUCGUUCUCGACGAGUUUUUGGGUUAUGACGAUCUAUUAAUGGCUUCAAUAAAGACUUUAGCAGAGCAGGAGGAUAAUAAAGGUUACUUGAGGAAUGUGAUUACCGGCGAACAUUAUCGCUUCGUGUCUAUGUUGACAGCGCGGAGUUCCUAUAUCGCCGCUUUCGUCAUUAUGCUCGUCUUUACGGUCUCUAUUUCUAUGCUGUUGCGCUACGCUCACCACCAAAUCUUCGUAUUUAUAGUGGACCUCCUUCAAAUGCUGGAAUUCAACGUGACCGUUUCAUUUCCCGCCGCUCCUUUACUCACAGUUAUUUUGGCGCUAGUCGGUAUGGAAGCUAUAAUGUCGGAGUUCUUCAACGACACGACCACCGCAUUCUACAUCAUCUUGAUUGUAUGGAUCGCUGACCAGUACGAUGCAAUCUGUUGCCACACGGCGAUCGCCAAACGUCACUGGUUAAGGUUCUUCUACCUGUACCACUUCUCUUUCUACGCUUAUCACUACCGGUUCAACGGGCAGUACAGCAGUCUCGCUCUGGUCACGUCCUGGCUAUUCAUACAGCACUCUAUGCUGUACUUCUUCCAUCAUUAUGAGCUUCCUGUGAUACUACAACAAGCGCAACUGCAGCAGCUGCUGUUGAGGAGUCACCAUGGCAUGGGUGGCAUGGUGGGGCUGGCAGGAAUCGCAGCUAUGGCCAGCGGUGCCGCGUACCACGAUGCACCUGGUACUGGAACCCAGGCAACGCCACCUACAACUCAGUCCACCACUCAAACUGUGCAGAACACUGCGCAAUCAACUACGCAAACCUCACCGUCGGUAUCAACAGCACAGACUAAUACCACACACACGGGCGACGUGGUCUCUGCGAGGCCGAUGCCGCCCGAGACAAUAGCCACGGGUACCAACACUAACAACGACAUCGAAGAGCGGGCUAUCACACCCGUUACUAACGAAAUACUGAGUAAAUCUAAUAGCUUACUCUCCCCGAGCGGUGAGAACCAUGUUAGAAUAGAGGAGAUAGUGAGGAAGAACUCCAACAGCGAUAUGAAAGUUGUGCAUAGUAGUAAUUCUACCGCGGAGCACAAUGGACUCAAUUUUACUCCUAGCGGGGCCAGUCAGGAGAUGAAUGCCAGAGAGGCAGCAACUCUGGAUCGCAGACGGGACGCCGGCGAUGGCAACGACGAUGAUGCAUGGGUUCUCACUUCGCAAAAUGGGGAUCCUCCAUUCAAACAGGCUCCCAGAGCGUCUCCCGAGGCUGAUGACUUAGACUAGCAUAUUAUAUCCUAUUUUUGCAUUGAGUAAUAAAUGGUUCCACUUCUAUUUCAGCUUUUGUGAAUAACUACAUAAAAUUUAACACAUAAUUUAAAAUACCUAUCGUAGAAUCGUAUUUAUAGAUACAUGAAUAGCAAUUGAAAUAUGUAAGAGAACAUAUUUGUCCUUAAAUGUCUCAAUGCGUCAAUGUUUAAUUUUGAACAAAAUAUGAUGUUGAUGGCAACUCGUGUUUUGUAGAUAACUUGUAUGGAACGGUGAUUGUAGUUAUAAGAAUGUGCUGCCUUUACGGCAACCAUGUAAAUAUUUAGAUACCGAUAUAAAUAUUUAUUAGGAUCUUGUGUUAAUAUCGAAUUUGUAAUUUGUUACGUUGAUAUGCUUAGUGGAUGGCGACGAAGGUUGGCAUACUCUUUUCAGUGAUUUAGUUCUUGCAAUAAAAUAUGUUCGUUCACUAUUUUGUCUUA